AGGUGAUGCCCAAUGGAAAAAGAAGGAGAAAAUAUAGGAUAAGAAUUUUUCAUACGGUGCUUCAUUUUCAAGAACAUCAAGUUUGAAAAUUUACCAAGUAUACUUGAACAUGGCUAGUUUUGGAUUCGACAGGAGAAAUCGUAUUGUUAGCUAGUAUGCUUCACAAGCCGCCACGAAGGACUUUUUCUCCAUUAAAAAUAUUUAUUGUGUCUGAAAGUAUAUGUUUCUUUGGAGCGGUAGUAUUGUGGCAUUCUUUAAGUACAUUCCAAGGUUGCAGACAUUUUGCAUUUAAGUAUUGUCCAGUGCUGCUAGACGGUUAUUACAUGCUUGAAAGCAAAGUACGUAACACAAGUACCAAAUUGUCGGAUCUUGCAUUGUGGCAACAGCAACAAAAUGAAAGUUAAAUUUUACGGAGUUUGUAAAACUUCCACCAUUCUUAAUAGGUAGUGAUGUUUUAAGAUAUUCUUCACAAAUUGAUACUCCUAAAAACAAGGUAUUUGUAUGCUCUGAUAUAAGCAUCAUACGUAGAGUAUAUUUGACAGUUUUGAUCUACAAGCCUCUAAAUAUAAAAUUCAUAGCCCUACUAAAAUAUACUAUUGGUAAAGACAAAUUUAUUAUUGAAAACAGCAAGUAUAUAAUAUACAAAGUUGAUAUAAUAAUCUAGAAAUAAAGACAUAAUUUAAAAAGGAAUAACAUUAAAAGUGCAAUAUGGAUUCUCCUACGCUAAUAGAAGGUAGUUUACCAGAUCGUAUCAGUAAAAGAGAUCGUGAAAGGAAAAACAUUAUUGAAAGACGGAGAGAAGAAAGGCAAUCAUUGGCUGUUGAAUCUGAACAAAGUAGUUAUUUUAAGGACACAUUUUAUUCAUCAUGUAAGAAAAUUAAAGAAAUGUUAGAUGAUGCACCCAGUGCUCCCACACCAGCUCUUCCUGGGAUAUUUGAUAAAAUAAAUAAAGAAAUUCAGACACUUAAGAAUUACUUAUCACAAUCAAAGAUGUUUUUAAAAGUUUAUGAUAUUAGAAGAGCACAAGAAAAUUUACAAUUAUUAGAAAAUGAAGCUUCUGAAUUAGAAGUGACAUUAUUACCUAAAAAGAAAUUUGGUUUUAAGAACCGAAGAGUUGUAAAGAAAACAUCUGACAAGACACACGAUAUGACAGAUGGUUUAAAGGAUUUGAAGAUAUCAGAAGGAAUUGUAAAUGGUUCUGCAAAACAGAAUCAUAAAUUAUCAAGUAAAUAUGGAGACAGUGCAGUAAUGUUGUUAGGAAAAGUUAAUGAACAAUUAAUUUUGGAUGCUGAAAAUGUGAAUAAAAAUGAUAUUCUACUGUCCGAUUUAAUUCACUGUACAGUACGAAUUUAUGGCACACCUAGUACCUUACACAUGGUAAAUUUAAAAGAGUGUACUGUACUAGUUGGACCAGUAACAUCAUCUGUAUUUGCACACGAUUGUAGUGAAUGUGUGUUUGCUUUUGCGUGUCAGCAACUUCGACUACAUUCUUCAACAGAUUGUACUAUUUAUUUACAUGUUACGAGUAGAUCAAUUAUAGAAGAUUGUACAAAAAUACGUGUAGCACCUUAUAACUGGUCUUACGAAGAUCAAGCAAAUCACUUUAAUCUAGCUGGACUUGAUCCAAAAAUAAAUAACUGGAAUUGCGUUGAUGACUUUAAUUGGUUAUCAAACGAAAAACAUUCACCAAAUUGGAGCAUUCUAGAGCCUGAAUUGCGUGUAAAAUGUUGGGAUUAAUAAAUAUAAAUAAAAUAAGUCAUAAUGUCUAAAACUCAGUUCUCAAAAUACCAUUUUUUUAAUAUUAUAUAUAGAUACUUAUUUUGUUAUAUAAAUUCUUUAUGUGCAUACUCCGCUUUUUCACAGAAAUUAUACUGUAUGUAAGUGUUUUGUAUACUUACAAAAUGUUUAAUAAACUUGCUGUUUGUGAAUUACA